AUGAAUAUUGUGUUGGUUUUUGUUGUAUGUUUUAUACAUUUAGAACAUUUACCGUUGACAAAAUGUAAAUCAUGCUCAGAAAUAAAGUGCUCCAAUAUAAUUGAUUAUGUUUGCGGUGUAGCAGAAAGGAACGGUGUAAAAAUAAUAAAAAAGUAUCACAAUGAAUGCCAUUUGAAUAGAAUAAAAUGCAAAUUGAAAUCAAUCGUUGAUAUUCGUCAAGUGUCCGAUGCUUUAUGCAAUAUUAAAAGAAGAAAAGUGUAUUUCUAUACGGGUCGGCGACUGAAUGAUUUCAGUGUUGUGGGGGCACAUCAAGCGUGUAACCACACUUGUCCUACAUAUUGUGUGGACACAUACGAGCCUGCUUGUGCUCAGAUAUGGACUUCGCCUAACAGAUUCAAGUAUAGACCGAUGAUCAACCACUGCCACAUAGAUUUGUUGUCGUGUGCUGCUGGAGUCAAUGUAACAGUCGAGCCUUUAGCUAAGUGUUACAAGAACCCUUCAGGCCUGAUGUUCAUGUCACAAGUGGCUGCACUAAAGUCUUUGAGGCUGAUCGGAGAUGCACCUCCCGAGGAUUCACCUUCGUAG